UUGAUGUCGUUAACAAAUUAUAAAUCAUAGCGUAUGCCGUUAAUAAAGGCGAGAAGUUGUCGGUGGGAUAAUAAUGUAAAGCCACCAAAUUAUUUAAAUAAUGUCUGUACUUAAAAUUUGAAUAGGAAAUAUAGAAAUCGUGCCCUUCGCAAUUUCAUAUCGAUUAUCAAGCAUUUUUUUAGGUUAUGCAGUGAAGAAUUUGAGUUACGGGUGAAAAAUAAUAUAAUCCAAAAUGCUGAAAAUAUUAUCGCUGCAAGACUUUUCUUUCCCAUCAUCUGACAAUUUAAUAACAGCAAGUUUUAUGUAUGAUGAACCUGUAUACUGCACGAAAGAAGAAUUACAGCAAGAAAUCCAAUCCUUUGCAACAUAUUUACAUGAUUUCCCUGUCAUUAAUAUUACACCAGAAAUGUUGGCUACAAGAGAAACAGCUCGCACAAUUGGAGCUAGAGAUUUGUUCUUGCCUGUGCAAGACAGUUCGUUUAAAAAGAUAGCAAAUAUUUGGCGAGAAAAAGGUUUACUAGAAGCCAUUAGAGCUGCUGCUGCCGAAAGUCCAAUUGAAAUUACAUAUCAGGUCCAUUGGCUUGCUACUAGGAUGACACAAAUAUUGGAUGUAAUAGAGCGGGGAACAUUCUGGAGUAAAGUUUUACCUAUUUCUGGAUUUGGCUCGGUCGCUGAUGUUAUUUCCACUAGAGAUUGGACGACUGCAUUAAUUCGUUGUAUGGCUUGGCACCCUCAUUGUAUACGUUUGGCCAUUGCUACAAGAGAUGAUCGUAUUAGAAUAUUUUCUAUUGGCAAUAUAGGUACGGCUGUUCUGAGACAUAGUGCUCAAAAAUCUGUGUGCUGCUUGAGUUGGAGACCAAACGCUGGCAGAGAAUUAGCGGCAGCAUGUCAAAAUGGGGUCUUAAUCUGGACAGUUGAACUAGGUGCUGCGAGCAAUUCCCUUAGUUAUGCAUAUACACUAAAGUACAGAAAUCAUGCACCAGUCACAAGCGUUUCAUGGAAUCCACAAGGAGACUUGUUAGUGUCUUGUUCCCUAACAGAUAUGAACAUGAUAAUUUGGGAUGUUGCAAAAGAAAGUGGUAUUCCAUUAAGACGUCUCGGUGGAGGAGGAUUAUGUUUUACUCAUUGGUCACCUUGUGGAUCAAGAUUGUUAGCUACAACCUGUAGAAAAAUAUUCAGAGUAUGGGACAUAGGAGCAGGAACAUCUUGGAAAUCCGAAAGAUGGACUGUUCCUAAUGGUCGGGUGGCUGCUGCGUGUUUUGGACCAAAUUUGACUCUGCUUUUUACGUCAACCGAAGAUCCAUCUAUGGUAUAUUCUUUGCCACUGCAGGAACAAAUUUUUGAUGUAAAAAAAGUUGGAACGCUUGAUGAUAAUAAAGUUGCUAUACCAUUAAUUGAUUUAAGUAAGGUGACAUUUCCAAUUAAUGACGAGGAUGAAUAUUCAGUUGGAGGUAGAGUUACAUCCAUGGAUUGGGAUCCUCUUGGAAAAUACUUGGCAAUUAUUUUUCAGGAUAGCUCAUUAGUUGCUAUUUUUAAAACUAAGAUCGGAGCCACAUCAAGAAUAACUAAAGUUGAGCCACUAUGUUUUGUGAAAGGUUUUCCUGGUGAAGUGCCUAAUUGCAUUCAAUUUUAUCAAAAUUGUCAAGAAGGGACAGAUUCCACUAUAUUAACAAUUGCUUGGAGUAAUGGUUUUAUUCAACAUUUUCCAAUCGUAGAUGGUGCCUAUAAAGAAUCCAAUUUAAAUCAUUCAAAAAAUGUUGGUAUCAUGUCAAAUACUUUUUCGAUUACAGAAGACUUACAAACUUCUCUUUAUAGUAGUUUCAGUUAUAUUCAAUAGCAAUGAAGAUACAAAAUAACUUUAAAUCCACAGAACAUUAAAGUAAAUUGUUAUUGUUACUUUAGCUAUUAAAUAACAUUUUAAUAUUACUAGUAAAUAUUUUAUGAUAGAAAACAGAAACGUAAUAACGAAAGCAUGAUGCAACAUUUGAUGUAUUUACAAAUUGAUCAAUUUCUAUUAAGUUCUAAUUGGCUUUAUAAAAAUAACAUGGAGUUAUAGAUAAAAUUUAGAAUAAUAUAUUUACACUAUUAUAUCGACGUAUUUUUUUUUUAUCUUUGU